GUGUGCCGGGCGGGAGAAGACGGGCGGCGGCGAUGCUGCCGCCUCCCUAAGGAGCCCCGAGGAGGUUGCUGCGCUUGAAGCCCCAGAAAGCGCGGAAGAGCUGCGAGCUGGGUCGGUGGCUUCGGGCGCCUGCCCGGCCAUGGUGGCCGCGGGCGGUGGUUGGCGCGGCAGCGCUGCGGCCCGGGGCCGUUCGGGGCCGGGACAGUCGUGGCGCUGACGCCCGAGGGGCCCAGCCACAGAUAUGAAGCGGAGCCGCUGCCGCGACCGACCGCAGCCGCCACCACCGGCCGCCUGCAGGGAGGAUGGGGCUCAGCGGGCGGCGGAGCUGCCCCAACCCCAGCCCUUGCCGUCGCGCCGGCGAGCGCCUCCUGGGAGGCAGCUACUGGAGGAGCGGACCGGGCCCUCGGGCCCCGAGGUGAAGGAGCAGGAUGUGAUAACUGGACUUAGUCCCCUGCUUUUCAGGAAGCUCAGUAAUCCUGACCUGUUUUCAUCCACUGGAAAAGCUAAACUUCAACGACAACUUAGUCAGGAUGACUGUAAGUUGCGGAGAGGAAGCCUGGCCAGUUCUCUGUCAGGUAAGCAGCUGCUCCCCUUGUCCAGCAGUGUACACAGCAGUGUGGGACAGGUGACUUGGCAGUCUUCAGGAGAAGCAUCAAACCUGGUUCGAAUGAGGAACCAGUCUCUUGGACAAUCUGCACCUUCUCUUACUGCCAGCUUGAAGGAGUUGAGCCUUCCAAGAAGAGGCAGCUUAAUCUCUACCCUUUGCCGAGGAUCUGAAGUAAACCAGCACAUGUUUUCACCCACAUCGGCUCCAGCUCUUUACUUCACUAAAAUCCCAUUUAGUGCUGAUUGUGCUUUGGCUACUUCUCCUCUUGCCUUUUUCCUGAACCCACGAGUUCACAGCAGUCCUGGCAGUCCCUGUUCCAGCCGCCCACUGCAGUGGAGUUGUCGGACAAGUAACCGUAAGAGUUUGAUUGUGACCUCUAGCACAUCACCUACACUACCACGGCCACAUUCACCACUCCAUGGCCACACAGGUAACAGUCCUUUGGAUAGUCCCCGGAAUUUCUCUCCAAAUGCACCUGCUCACUUUUCCUUUGUUCCUGCCCGUAGCCAUGGCCACAGAGCAGACAGGACUGAUGGACGGCGCUGGUCUUUGGCCUCUUUGCCCUCUUCAGGCUAUGGAACCAACACUCCUAGCUCUACUGUCUCAUCAUCAUGUUCCUCACAGGAAAAGCUUCACCAGUUGCCCUUCCAACCUACAGCUGAUGAGCUGCACUUUUUGACGAAACAUUUCAGCACAGAGAGUGUACCAGAUGAGGAGGGACGGCAGUCCCCAGCCAUGCGGCCCCGUUCUCGCAGCCUCAGUCCUGGACGGUCCCCAGUUUCCUUUGACAGUGAAAUAAUAAUGAUGAAUCAUGUGUACAAAGAAAGAUUUCCCAAGGCCACCGCACAAAUGGAAGAGCGUCUUGCAGAAUUCAUUUCCUCCAACACUCCAGACAGUGUGUUGCCCUUGGCAGAUGGAACCUUGAGCUUUAUUCAUCAUCAGGUGAUUGAGAUGGCCCGAGACUGCCUGGAUAAAUCUCGGAGUCGUCUCAUUACAUCACACUACUUCUAUGAGCUUCAAGAGAAUUUAGAGAAACUUCUGCAAGAUGCUCAUGAGCGCUCAGAGAGUUCAGAAGUGGCUUUUGUGAUGCAGUUGGUGAAGAAGCUGAUGAUUGUCAUUGCCCGCCCAGCUCGGCUCUUGGAAUGCCUGGAGUUUGACCCUGAAGAGUUCUACCACCUGUUAGAAGCAGCCGAGGGCCAUGCCAAAGAGGGACAAGGGAUUAAAUGUGACAUUCCCCGCUACAUCGUUAGUCAACUGGGCCUCACACGGGAUCCCCUAGAGGAAAUGGCCCAGUUGAGCAGCUAUGACAGUCCUGACACUCCAGAGACAGAUGAUUCAGUUGAGGGCCGUGGGGCAUCUCUGACUAAAAAGACACCCUCUGAAGAGGACUUUGAGACCAUUAAGCUCAUCAGCAAUGGCGCCUAUGGGGCUGUAUUCCUGGUGCGGCAUAAGUCCACUCGGCAGCGCUUUGCCAUGAAGAAGGUCAACAAGCAGAACUUGAUCCUACGGAACCAGAUCCAGCAGGCCUUCGUGGAGCGUGACAUACUGACUUUUGCCGAGAACCCCUUUGUCGUCAGCAUGUUCUGCUCCUUUGAGACCAAGCGCCACCUGUGCAUGGUGAUGGAGUAUGUGGAAGGAGGAGACUGUGCUACUCUGCUGAAGAACAUCGGGGCCCUGCCUGUGGACAUGGUGCGUCUGUACUUCGCAGAAACCGUGCUAGCCCUGGAGUACUUACACAACUAUGGCAUCGUGCACCGUGACCUCAAGCCUGACAACCUCCUGAUUACAUCCAUGGGGCACAUCAAGCUUACUGACUUUGGCCUUUCUAAAAUUGGCCUCAUGAGCCUGACAACAAACUUGUAUGAGGGCCACAUUGAAAAGGAUGCCCGGGAGUUCCUGGACAAGCAGGUAUGCGGGACCCCGGAGUACAUUGCGCCUGAGGUGAUCCUGCGUCAGGGCUAUGGGAAGCCAGUGGACUGGUGGGCCAUGGGCAUAAUCCUGUAUGAGUUCCUGGUGGGUUGCGUCCCUUUCUUUGGAGAUACUCCGGAGGAGCUCUUUGGGCAAGUGAUCAGUGAUGAGAUUGUGUGGCCUGAGGGGGAGGAUGCACUGCCGCCAGAUGCCCAGGACCUCACCUCUAAACUGCUCCACCAGAACCCUCUGGAGAGAUUGGGUGCAGGCAGUGCUUCUGAGGUGAAGCAGCAUCCGUUCUUUACUGGUCUGGACUGGACAGGACUUCUUCGCCAGAAGGCUGAAUUUAUUCCUCAACUGGAGUCAGAGGAUGAUACCAGCUACUUUGACACCCGCUCUGAGCGCUACCACCACGUGGACUCAGAGGAUGAGGAAGAAGUGAGUGAGGAUGGCUGCCUGGAGAUCCGCCAGUUCUCAUCGUGCUCUCCAAGGUUCAGCAAGGUGUACAGUAGCAUGGAGCGGCUGUCCCUGCUUGAGGAGCGCCGGGUACCACCCCCCACCAAGCGCAGCCUGAGUGAGGAGAAGGACGACCGCUCUGAUGGCCUGGCAGGGCUGAAGGGCCGAGACCGGAGCUGGGUGAUUGGCUCCCCUGAGAUAUUGCGGAAGAGGCUGUCAGUGUCAGAGUCAUCCCACACGGAGAGCGACUCAAGCCCUCCACUGACAGUGCGACGCCGCUGCUCAGGUCUCCUGGAUGCUCCUCACUUCCCUGAGGGCCCUGAGGAGGCUAGCAGCACCCCCAGGAGGCAGCAGCUGGAGGGUACAUGGCUUCUGACACCCCCAUCUGGAGAAGGGGUAUCUGGGCCUGUCCCUGAACGGCCAGUCGAGCGGCGACUGAAGCUAGAUGAGGAGCCUGUUGGCCAGAGCUGCAGCUCCAGUCCAGCUCUGGAGACUCGAGGAGGCCGUGGGACCCCACAGCUGACUGAAGGAGCCACAGCCAAGGCCAUCAGUGACCUGGCGGUACGCAGGGCCCGCCACCGACUGCUCUCCGGGGACUCAGCAGAAAAGCGCACCACUCGCCCCAUCAACAAAGUGAUCAAGUCCGCCUCAGCCACAACCCUGUCCCUCCUCAUUCCUACAGAACACACCUGCUCUCCAUUGGCCAGCCCCAUGUCCCCACAUUCCCAGUCAUCCAACCCAUCAUCCAGGGACUCUUCUCCAAGCAGGGACUUUUUGCCAGCCCUCAGCAGCUCGAGGCCCCCCAUCGUCAUCCACCGAGCUGGCAAGAAGUAUGGCUUCACCUUGCGGGCCAUCCGUGUCUACAUGGGUGACUCAGACGUCUACACUGUGCACCACAUGGUGUGGCACGUGGAGGAUGGAGGUCCAGCCAGUGAGGCAGGGCUUCGUCAGGGUGACCUCAUCACUCAUGUCAACGGGGAGCCUGUGCAUGGACUGGUGCACACAGAAGUGGUGGAGCUGAUUCUGAAGAGUGGAAACAAGGUGUCUAUUUCAACAACGCCCUUGGAGAACACAUCCAUUAAAGUGGGGCCAGCUCGGAAGGGCAGCUAUAAGGCCAAGAUGGCCCGAAGGAGUAAGCGGAGCCGGGGCAAAGAUGGGCAAGAAAGCAAAAAAAGGAGCUCCCUGUUCCGGAAGAUCACCAAGCAGGCAUCCCUGUUGCACACCAGCCGUAGCCUUUCCUCCCUUAACCGCUCCUUAUCAUCAGGGGAGAGCGGGCCAGGCUCUCCUACACACAGCCACAGCCUUUCCCCCCGAUCUCCCACUCAGGGCUACCGGGUGACCCCUGAUGCUCUGCAUUCAGUGGGAGGAAAUUCAUCACAGAGCAGCUCCCCCAGCUCCAGCGUGCCCAGUUCUCCAGCCGGCUCUGGGCACACACGACCCAGCUCCCUGCACGGCCUGGCACCCAAGCUCCAGCGCCAGUACCGCUCUCCGCGGCGCAAGUCGGCCGGCAGCAUCCCUCUGUCACCACUGGCCCAUACCCCUUCCCCACCGCCAGCAGCUUCACCCCAGCGCUCCCCAUCACCCCUUUCUGGACAUGGAGCCCAGGCCUUCCCCACCAAGCUUCACUUGUCGCCUCCUCUGGGCAGGCAGCUCUCACGACCCAAGAGUGCAGAGCCGCCCCGCUCACCACUACUUAAGAGGGUACAGUCAGCUGAGAAACUGGCAGCUGCGCUUGCUGCUUCCGAGAAGAAGCUAGCCACUUCUCGGAAGCAUAGCCUUGACCUGCCCCACCCCGAGCUAAAGAAGGAACUGCCGCCCAGGGAAGUCAGCCCUCUAGAGGUGGUUGGGACCAGGAGUGUGCUGUCUGGGAAAGGGUCACUGCCAGGGAAGGGGGUGCUGCAGUCUUCUCCCUCAUGGGCCCUAGGCGCUCUCCGACAGGACCGGGCUGAACGGCGAGAGUCGCUGCAGAAGCAGGAAGCCAUCCGUGAGGUUGACUCUUCAGAGGAUGAUGCCAAGGAGGGGCCGGAGAACAGCCAAGGUGUACAGGAACCGAGCUUGGCACCAAGCCCAGAAGUGGGCCGGGACCCACCCCUCAGAGGAGCAGGAGAGGGUGAGGAAGAGGAUGCCUUCUUGUCUAGGGACCCCAAGAGCCAGGGCUCAGCGGCCCCAGGCCUGUUGACAGAGAUCACACUGAAGGAUCCCGGAAUGGAAGGCCCCAGUGUCCCCCAGAGGAGGCUUGGGAUCCCACAAGCCUUUGAAGAGGCUGCCAGCUCCUCAUCACCGGCCCCCAGCCUAGUUAAGGCUGGACCCACAGACCCUAUCCCUCCUGAAGGCUGCUGGAAGGCCCAGCACUUCCAUACCCAGGCACUAACAGCACUUUGUCCUAGCUCUUCAGGACUUCUCCCUACCAGUCCCUCUGCUGUCGCCUCGACCUCUGGAGAACCAGGCCCAUGGGCCUGGAAAUUUCUUAUUGAGGGUCCAGACAGGGCAUCCCCAAGCAGAAAGGCAACAAUGGAAGGUGGGAUGGCCAGCUCCCAGGAUUUGGAAACCAUAACUCCAGUCCACUCAGAGAACCCGUCUCCCAGACAGGAGGUGAAGUCAUGGCCACCUGGUGCCCCUGGGCCGGUCCAUCCACCUUGUGAGUUUCCCCGCCAAACCUGGCUGUGGGAGCCCGAAUGUGCACAAAUAGAGAAAGAGGAGCCAGCCCUGGGCAUCACCAAAGUGCCUGAUGCCUCAGGUGAUAGGAAGCAGGACAUUCCACGCAGAAGCUGCCCUCUCACCCAGGAGCCUGGGCCCAGCCUGCUCCGGAGAGGCCGAGACCCAGCAGGCCCUCAAAAGCAUCAGGACUUGGCAUUGGUGCCUGAUGAGCUUUUAAAGCAAACCUAACAGUCGUUUGCCAUUUCUUGCACUCAGAUCUGUGUAAUACAUGCUCUUGGAAACCA